CUUUGUAAGAUAACAACAUUAUUUGGUCUCCAAUCUUCCAAGUAUUCUCUCUUUGUUUUUUGUCAAAGUAGGCCUUUACCUUUCAUCUGGAUUUCCCCAAUUUAGCAGCUAUCUGCAAGUGGACCUGAUUUAAAUGUUCUUGCUGAUUCUGCAGGAUUACGACCUGUGCAUCACCUGUUAUAACACUAAAAACCACGACCACAAGAUGGAGAAAUUGGGCCUUGGCCUAGACGAUGAAAGCAACAACCAGCAAACUGCAACCACCCAGAGCCCUGGUGAUUCUCGCCGAGCGAGCAUCCAGCGCUGCAUCCAGUCCCUUGUCCAUGCCUGCCAGUGUCGUAACGCCAACUGUUCACUGCCGUCCUGUCAGAAGAUGAAGCGAGUUGUCCAACAUACCAAAGGCUGCAAGCGCAAGACCAACGGAGGAUGCCCUGUUUGCAAGCAACUCAUUGCUCUUUGCUGCUACCAUGCAAAGCAUUGCCAGGAGAACAAGUGCCCGGUGCCCUUUUGCCUCACCAUUAAACACAAGCUUCGCCAACAGCAACUUCAGCACCGUCGGCAGCAGGCGCAGAUGCUCCGAAGGAGGAUGGCAAACUGCUGGUGUCUAUGGCCUGGCUCUGAAGCCUGCACUCCUUGUGACAGCGCUGGUCAGGAGGGUCCCAGAGCUCCAGGCUGUAGUGACUAGCCCUGCUCAGGGAGUGCUUCUCAAAGAUGAAGUGGUGCUGCAGCCUCCUGCUGAAAGUGGCCUCAGACUUCAAGCUGAGUAAGACCAAUGCACUGUGGGGUUGGUCAGGCUGUCAAGGCUAAGAUGCUGGAGGUGCCCUUUUAGCUACUAACCUAAUGGGACAAAAUCCUUCAUUAAAUCUUUCAGGUAAUUCUUGGGUUAGUCAUGGGCGGAAAUAUCUCAGGAGAGAGGGUCUGUAUGGGCCUUCUACAGGAGCUGCCUUGAAUUAUUUCUCCCCACAAAUCCCUGGGUUUCUACUAGUUGCUGUGAAGAACUGGGUCCUGGGGAGGGGAGGUUGAAUUUAGUGCAGCAUAUGCCCCCUUUAAAGUUGGGGGACAUAGAUUUGCCACCCUCUGCAUGACCCUCCUCUUCCAUUGCCAGGUACCCCACCAUUCCUGAGAACCUGAAAUCCCUGGCCCACUCUUCCCCCUCUCAAGAGCCUCAGCCCCCUGGAAGCCCCUCCCCGCUACUGUUCUCACCCAGGACCCCAUCUCCCCUACUCCACACCGGACCCCCUCCCUGCUGGCAAGCCUGGCCCUUGGGUGAUAUGUCUGUCUCUCUUCCCGGCUGGUCCUUGGUGCUGAGAGGUACCAUCGUGGUUUUGGCAACUGUCAGGUGAGGCCCCAGCCUGCUGCGCCUACAGAGCAGGACCUGGGUGGCUGCCAUGGCAUGCUUCCAGCCAUGAUGAGCAUGACUGCUAGUUACAAGAUCACCGCACAGGCAUCAACAAAACGAAGAUCAGCAAGUGACACCUCUUAACUGGCAAGAGAGUAGAAAACCCAGUCCAGUCGGUGGCAAUCCUAUUUUCCAUGGACCUGCUUAAAUGUGGUCAGGCCGUGGUCCAGGUGUCGUGCCCCCCCCUCCAGCGCUGCAGCCUAGGACACAGACUCUGAUCUACCUUUGGUAGUGAGGGUCAUCUCUCAGUGAUUAGUGGCUAUUCUGGGCUAUAACUGUUCUGUACUCACUGGUUGUGAAAAUGCUUUAGGAUAUUGUUUUCUUUUCUGGUGCAGUCAAACUAUUAAACAAUGUGUGUUCACCACUGUUAUUAGAGUGUGUUAUUUUAUAACAUCCUUCACACUGUACUGCCAGUACCAAGUGUUCAAAGCGCAUGAGUCAGCCCCC